AUGGGCGGUGGACCAGCCUCAGAGGCUACCACUCAUCACUUUUGGGAGAGUGAAGUGGAGCUGGUCAGGAAGAAGACUCUUGCUCCAGAUGGAAAGAAGUUUCGCUACUUUGAUGACAAGGGAAUCUUCAACUUUGUCUUUCUGGUAUGGAUGGGAAAAUGGGCCAGAGAAACGUCAAAGAGGUACCUGGACCCUUACAUGAUCCACCCACUUCCCUUGGCCGACCAGCUUCUCAUAUGGCAGCCUAUUCUCUCUAAGUACAUUAGUGAUGGCAUUGCUAGUUUGGAAUCUCAUGAGGACCCGGAUAAAGAUGAGAGGAAGGCCAGAAAACCAGUGAAAUACAUACUAGUGAGAGCUCUUUUACUGACAUACUGGAAGAGACUAACCAUCAUCCUAAUAGGAAUCGUUAUCGUGAAUGCCAUUGGAAUGAGUGUAGCCAUUUUCUUACACAAAUUGCUAAGUUUAUUGUCUGAUAAAAAGUUCAAGCUCAUUACACUACUCUCUCUGGCGUUUUCUAUCAUCGCUAUUGAGCUCCUCAAGGAUAUUUGUAUGGACCACAUCAAUUACUACGUUAGCAGGCUCUCAUUUGCUAUUGAUACUUCUGUCAGUCUCACUAUCUUUCAACACGGUUUAUGUUAUAGACGUGGUAGCUUUGCCAACUUCCAAUCCAACGCAGGAGCUUGCAAGAAUGUCAUUCAUGGGUGCUCCGGAGAGGAUAAAUGUACGGAUAACCCAUUACUAUGCCCGGCGAGGAGAUACAAGAAUAAUGAGGUCACCCCAAAAAUGUACGCUUUAACAUUCAAUGACUCCCACUAUAUUCCACAUUCUGUAAUGUUCUUGACGGGAUUUGUCGAUUUCAUGACGGCCUUUACAUAUGGUAUAAUCAUAAUGAGCACUCAGUUCAAGGUGAAGGCGUCUACUAUUCUAAUGGUAUCCAUGUCACUUGUGGCAUGCAUGUUUCUCAUACAGAUGGUGAAUGGCUUCAAUUUCAAGUAUUUGUUUGGAUUAAGAGAUAACAGGAUUACCAAGAUUAAUGAGGUGAUUCCAAACUUGCCCUUGAUUGAGAGAAUGGCACUGGACGACAUUGCUCAUGAUGCCAUUACGGAGGCCAGGAAUGAUGAGCUAGUUCUGGUAGGAAUUCGUUUCUUUCUGUCGCUCAUAAACAAGGUUAUAAUGACAUCGAUAAUAUGCAUCAAUAUCAUUCUUAUUGUAAACGAUUUUGUUUCUCAACUUAGGGAUACCACCGAUGUAAAGACUAUUGAUCCGCCAGGAUUGCUCGCCUCUAUUUUCAUUCUGUUAAAGAUUCUUGGUCCUCUGUAUGUACUCCCAUUUAGGCUAAAAUCUUUUGUAACCAGUCUGACCUCAUUCCUGAGAGUGGAACGUUUCUUCAGAACUUGUUCACCAAACUUUUAUUUGCAGGACAACAAGUUUACAGGGAGGAAUCCUCUGCCAGAUGGACUGCCUGCUGAGGAUAAGACACUGCCCAAGGGUCUGGUUGUAAUGUUCAAGAAGGCCUCCUUUGCGUGGGUCAAUAGCAGGAAGGAUCUUCUUGACAACAUGGGUACCACUUGUCUUAGGAACCUUGACUUUGUCCUCAAUACUGGUGAUCUUGCCAUAAUUACUGGUGCUCAAGGUUCUGGAAAGACCAACUUUGUCAAGGCUAUUCUUGGUGACAUGACUCUGGUAGAAGGAUCAAUGGCUGUGUUACCUCUCUCCACCAACAUGCCAAUAUUCUAUGCUUCUCAGGAUGUCUGGCUACAAAAGGGUACCAUCAGAUCUAACAUUACCUUUGGUCACAGAUUUGAUGAGGAUAUCUACGAGACUGUCAUCAAGGCUAUUGAACUUGAACAUGACGUAUCGACUUGGGAAGAGGGUGACAUGCGUACUAUUUCUGAACAUGGUUACUCUCUCAGUGGAGGUCAGAGAGUGAGAGUUGGACUUGCUCGUGCCCUUUAUGCUUACCUCAUCUUUAGCAAGGUAACUAGAGAGAGUGAAUCUGAACAUUCCCUCCUUGUAGUCCUUGAUGACUGUUUCACUAGCUUGGAUCCAUUCGUGGCGAAGACAAUCUUCAAGAAUCUCUUUAAUGUUAAUGAUGGACUAUUGGCCAAGGACGAUGUUGCUACUAUUGUCACGAUUUCCAAGCGUAUAUUAGAUGCUUGUGUAUCAGCUGAGUCAUCGGAGUCAUUCCCGGAUGCUCCGAUAUACGCAUUGAGGAAUGAGACUCUUAUCCAAGAAAACAAACUCAAGUCUUUGAUAGAGAAUGAGGUUGGUAAUCUUGAGCCUCCAAAGCCCUCUGAAGACAUAGUGAAGCUUCCACCAGAGUCAUCAGAUAUUAUUAGAAGAUGCAGUUCUGAUGACUAUGCCCGCGGCAAGCGUAGAGAGAUUAUAAAAGCAAAGUAUGCUGAUUCACAGACAUUGCAGGCUGCACGUAAUAGAAUAAGUCACAAGAGCCAAAAUAACAAGAGCUUCAAGCCAUAUUUGGUGUAUCUCCGUGCGGCGGGUUGGCCUAUUAUCAUCUUUUUUAUUCUCACCUUCACGUUUGCAAGCUUAGGUAAUGUUCAAUUUGUAAUAAUGUCAAAGCUAUCGGAUGCAGUUGUUGAGUACAAGAAGGAAGUGAAUGAAGCUACAAUUUCAUUUUCUGAACUUGAAAUGUAUUGUACUAAGGCACUGAGAUGGAUUGUUAUUCUUUCAGUCUCUGUUAUGGUUGGAGCUUUCUUCCGUAUAUGUGCCAUGACAAGAGCUUCAUUCAACAUUUCUAGGAGGAUACACGAGUACUGCAUAAAUUCACUCUUCACCAAUAGCUCUGGAGUGUUGAGCAUCAAAAAGUCGUUGAGUGGCAUCCAGACCUUCUUGUAUAUGGAUACACUCACGAUUGACACUACCCUAAACUAUUGCAUGCAUGAUGUCUGUCUACUAUUGAUUGAAGCAGGCGCUCAUCUCAUCAUGCUAUUCUUCAUGGUGCCCUGGUCUACUCCACUGGCUCUUUUGCUUGGCUUUAUUAUUUUCCGGUACAUUGUAUACUACUACAUAAAAUCCUGUAGAAACGUUUUCCAUGCACGUUUGGAGGCAUUUGAUAGAAUAAAUGAUACGAUAGAGACAGCAAUCUCUGGCCUAUCAAUUUACAGGAGCUUUAAAAAGGAGUGGGAAUUGCUGCAUAGCAUGUUUGAGCAUACAGACUACGCAGUGAGAGUUCUUUAUUUUAUCAACUCGGUAAUUGUCUGGAGCAUCAUCUCAUUCAGAUGUCUAAUCUCACCACUAGCCUUGUUCAUUCUCCUCUUCCCUCUUGUACGCUCAUAUUAUUUUGGCGUGAAUGUACAAGUUGGCUACUAUGGUAUGGCAUUUUCCCUAUUCCUAAGUUUAAAUAAUUAUCUUGCAAAUACUUUAAAACUCUACGGCCACCUGGAGCUAAUGUUUAUUUCAAUCACAAGGUUCGAGUACUUUGUUCUUCCUGGUACCAAGAUAAAGUUUCAAAAGAAGAGGAACAUUCACCGGACAGAUUUUGUCGUGGACCGUUCUGAGAAUGAUUCAGAUCACAAGAACCUAAGUUUGGAUAAUGUUGAGAAGUAUAUUAUUUCCAGGCGCUUUGCAAGACAUAUUUCAAGGAGGGGCUUGUAUUGUACAAAUCUUAGAACAUUGCUCUUUAGGCACAAGGUUAAUGUGCUUGAUGUGUCCAAGUAUGCAGUUUCAGGGUAUACCAGGAUGCAGCUAAAGGAUGUUAAUGUCUAUGUGACGUCUGGCAAGUCUAAGGAGAAGUAUCCUAUUCUCAAGAAUAUCACAUGUUCUGCAGAUACCUCAGACAUUAUCGGUAUUGUUGGAAGAACUGGUGCAGGAAAGUCUACUAUGUUGUCAGUACUCCAGAACUUGGCAAGGAAUAGAGACGGUUCUGUCCUUCUAGACGGUUGUGAUUUGAAUGAUAUGCCAAAGAGUGUGACUAGGCAGAUCAUCGGAGUACUUCCUCAACUACCAUUUGUAUUCAGAGGUUGGACAGUUCGUAGGUUCAUUGACCCUAGAAUGUUAUUUGAUGACGCUGACAUUGAAACUGCCUUGGAUAGUUGUGGCUUGCUAAAGUUUGUUAAGAAUCUUCCAGGUGGCAAGGGUCUUGACACAGUCAUUAUACCUGACCAUUACCAUAAGGAUAUGUCAAGGCGCUACAAAAGAGCCUAUUAUGGACCUACUUUAAAGCCACAUGAUUCUUCUGUAGAUAAUGUCAACGUUGACUAUGGAUCGGUGCUUUCAAACUCACAACUCCGUACACUAUCAGUAGCAAGACUAGUACUGUACAGAGAAUUUUACAAGAUACUCUUGGUUGAUGAGCCUCCGGAGGAUGAAUCUGGAACAUCCAAUACUGCAGAGGUUCCCAUUUAUGAGCUCAUAAAGACCCACUUCCAACAUUGUACAACAUUUAUCGCAGCACAUGAUGCAAGUAUCUUGCGUCUAUGUACGUCAGUUUGGGUCUUCCAUAGCGGGUCUCUCAUCAAGACCUGCAAGACUGAAGAAGUUGUCGACAGCGAUUCUCUAUCAAAGAUCAUAGAGGAUUGCAUUACCACACACGUUUAA